GCUCCUGCAUGUAUAUUCAUAAUUCAUAAAUAAAACUUUGGCAAAGCGAAGAGCUUGCAAAGCUCGGUUGCAUGAUCUUAUCUCCAUUGCCAUAGGACCUUCGUCUUCCAAAGAACCUAUCUCUUUCCACAAGCGUUCAGUUCACAUGGCUCAAUCAGCGUUGGAAGAGACUUCCGAGACUGGUGCAUUUAAUCGCACACCAUCAACUUUUCGGAGUUUAAUUUCAAGGGAUAAGACAUCUCCUUUUCCUGCAGAAUCUGGUAGGUACCAUCUAUUUGUAUCAUAUGCAUGCCCGUGGGCAUCCAGGUGUUUGGCAUACUUAAAGCUCAAAGGGCUGGACAAUGUAAUCAGUUACACAGUUGUAAAACCAAAAUGGGAAAGGAUCAACGAAACUGAUGAGCAUUAUGGAUGGGUUUUUCCUGCUUUUAGCAUGGAAGAACCAGGAGCCAAACCUGAUAAGCUAAAUGGAGUUACAAGUAUCAGAGCACUUUAUGAGUUUGCAAGCCCUAAUUAUACUGGAAAAUAUACUGUUCCAGUUCUUUGGGAUAAAAAGCUUAAAACGAUUGUCAACAAUGAAAGCUCGGAAAUAACACGCAUGAUGAACACUGAGUUUAAUGAUAUGGCAGAGAUUGCUGAUUUGGACUUAUACCCUUCUCAUUUGCAGCCUCUUAUUGAUGAAGUCAAUGAAUGGGUAUAUGAUGGGAUUAACAACGGUGUUUACAGGUGUGGAUUUGCUAGUAAACAAGAGCCUUACGAUGAGGCAGUCACAAAAUUAUAUGAAGCCUUGGACAAGUGUGAAGAGAUACUUAGCAAGCAGCGGUACAUUUGUGGGAAUGUGUUGACUGAAGCUGAUGUGCGCUUGUUUGUCACUCUUAUAAGAUUUGAUGAGGUUUAUGUUGUUCAUUUCAAAUGCAACAAGAAGCUGAUACGUGAGUAUCCAAAUCUGUUCAACUACACCAAAGACAUAUACCAAACCAAUGGCAUGAGCAGCACCGUUAACAUGGAACACAUUAAGAAGGGCUACGGAAGCCACCCAUCCAUCAAUCCAUUAGGCAUUGUUCCAAUUGGUCCCAACAUUGAUUUCUCUGCUGCUCAUGACAGAGCUCGCUUUGCCCCUUAAAAAAACACCCAAUGAGUGUUCAUGCCCACCUUUCCAUAUUUUUAUCAACUUAUGAAUGUGUUUUCUUUCCUAUGUGCUCAAUUGUCUCAUGUGGAGAAGAACAACAUCAGCUGUUUUUGAAUGCUUGCUUCUGUAUGCUAAACUAAAACAUGUUUGUACCCCAUCUUGAGAAGCAUAAUUUGGACCCAAUAUUUAUUCUCCAUAUUAAGGACUGAAAGAACAUUCUUGGCCUAGUUAAUAUUA